AUGCAACCCAACCAGGCAAAGCCAUGCCUCAUCGCAGUGAUGUCCCUCUUCCUCGUACUGGACACCGCUGUCAUCGCAGCACGGGUCUACGUGCGGGCCAUCAUGAUCAGGGCGUUUGGGUGGGACGACGCCGCGCUCUGCCUCGCAUACGUCGGUUUCGCAACAGCCUGCAUCAUGGGCUUCACGGCGCUCCACUUCGGCUACGCCUCCGACGAGGGGCCAGCUCCAGCAGGAUACCACUACGACCAGCACAAGGCACAGACGUUCCUCUACGCCAACCAGCUCGCCCUCUACCUCGCCUCCGGGCUCGCCAAGCUCGGCGUGGCCCUGGUCCUGUGGCGCCUGGCGGUGACGAGGCGUUUCAGGCUCGUCCUCGCCGUCUCCGUCGCCGUCGUCCUCGCGUGGACGUUCACCACCACGCUCUUCGCGGCCUGGCUGUGCACCACCGACACCGGGUCCGCCAGCUACGUGAGCAGCGCGACGUGCACGGCGGUGGGGCUGUUCCGCACCGUGUCCAAUAUCUUCAUCGACUACUUCUACGCGCUGGUGCCGAUACCGAUCGUGCGGGGGGCGAGGAUGGACGCGCGGACCAAGGUGGUGGUCUGCGUGCUCCUGGGGCUGGGGUUGUUCGCGAGCGCGGCGACUAUCGCCAAGCUCGUCAUCAUCGUACAACUCUCGACGGCCGACAGGGGCGCGCAGCAGCCCCUGCACCACCAGCUCCUCAUCUGGGCCGACGUCGAGCUGGGCCUGGCCGUCUUCUGCGCCUCGGCUGCCGCGCUGCGGCCGUUGCUGAACCGUAGCCCUUUGGUGUGGGGCACCCCGACCGCGGCCACCGGGGAUAGCAGCCAUACUUAUGUGGCGUCGCCACGGGUGCCGCCGGCGGUGUCUCUUGUGAGUUUAGAGGAUCGACGGUGA